AGGGUCAUAGGUUUUCACCCGGGAAAGAAAGAGAGUUCCAACUAUUCAUGAAUUAAUUGUAUAACAUAAUAUAGACAUGAAACGCAUGCUAGUGUGGGUUUCCUUAUCGUGUUAAAAUCAAUGUAUGAAGUUAACCGUCUCUCUAGUUUAUUGGUCUCUGCUCUGCUCUUUGAUGCUAUAAAUGCUAUAAUUUCGAGGUUAUAAUUCUGUUUGUAAUUUUUGUCAUUGGUACUAAUUAAUGCUAAUUAAUUAAGCAUAACGUAUGUUCUUUCAUGAAGUAAAAUAUAUUUUGCAGAACGUAUAUUAACAAUGUAAAAAACAUAUUCGCGUAUUUCUACUCCGAUUGCAAAAUAAAAUUAAUCUCAAGUUAUUUCACAAAGUACCUAUGUACUUUAUAUUUUACGAGCAAUCUUUUCUAAGAGUAAAAAUACCAAUUAGAAAUGUCUGAAGAUGGUAUUAGUAUAUCGAGGAAGACGUGGUCCCGUGUGACUGAACCACUUAAUAAAUUAGGAUAUAUGGAUGGUGCGUCCGAUGGCCAGGCUGCUGUUUUCCAAUCCAGCUUUGAUUCGGGCUAUCAACAAGGAUUUAGUUUCGGAUUUGAGCUGGGUCUAUUUAGGUCUAAGAGUGUACAAACCAAUGGUAGCACCGUAGACACAGCACUAUCAGAUCAGAGAAGAAUUAAUUGUCAAUUUUGUUUAAACAACUCAUCAGCUCCAGAAACUAUAACCAACUUGUUUAAUACACAACAGGAGAAAAAUACUGCGUUGUUAAAAAAUAUAGAAGUGCAAAAUUGAAUUGUCCUAAGUGUAUCUUAUAUUAAAGUCUUGUCUUCUUCUCUGGAGGAGGUUUCAUGU